AUGAAGAAGCCAGUGAACCAAUUCAGCAGUAUCUGCUUUCCCCAAAGUGGUGAAAAGUUCUCUUCCCCAGCAGAUAUCUGCCCCGAAACUCGAUCUGCUCUACUUGAAAAGUAUCAUGCCGAGCUUGAGAAGUGUAGCCCACGGGAGACCUGGGCCGGCGAUGCCCACCAGAAAUCGGUACCUUAUCCAGUGCUCGGUAACGAAGCUCAUCAACGUCAGCUAGCAGAGCUAAGCGAGGCGUUGGUGCUAGCAAUCACGGAUAUCGUGGAACGAUGGUGGUCGGAUGAGAAAGCCUGCUUCCCCGAGCGGAUGCCGCUUGAACCAGUGGAGGAAAGGCUGCUGCAGUGGAUGGAAAAUCUGGAUGGACGUGUGCUUCGUCCUUUCAAAUCCUGUCAAGGGUCAUGGAGACCGGACUUUCUGCUUGAAUCCUCAGAUGACCCUGAGCAAAUUGAGAACUAUCGCAUCUGUGAGAUCAACGCACGGUUCUGUUGGAAUGGAUUCCUUUUUACUGCGUUUGGCCAACAAGCUCUUCUCAAUAUGGGCAUCGAGCAAUAUGGUAUCAAAGGAGCCACGGACCCGCAAAAGGUUAUUGCAGGUUUGAACGGUCUUUUUGACUCUUCACUCCCAUUGCAUCUAGUCAAGGGAGAAGAAUACGGAUAUGAUAUCCACAUGCUCGUUCCAUAUGCACAGCGUUAUCUGGGGGUGGAUGUUAAAAUCAUUCCUCCCGAGAGUCUGCGAUUGGUGCCCGCCACAGCUCCUGGUGGAUACAAACUGUACUGUCUGUCUAGUGCAGAUAGCAAACAGCCGACAAUACUCAAUGAUGCUGGCGAGUCAUUGGAAGAAGUACAUCAACUCGGAGUGGAACUCCAUCAACGAGAGUUACUUGCCAUGAGCUUUGAGAUGCUUCAGCAAAUCAGCUUGCGAUGUUUCAAUGACCUGCGUACUGUGCUUCUGGUUCACGACAAGCGCAUGCUAGGCCUGGUUUUAGAAGAGCUGGAUUUGCUGGUUGCGCGGAACGUGCUCUCAUCCCACCAAGCCGGUAUCCUUGAUCGGGGACUCGUCCACACGAUUAUACCUGGAUCCGACAAAUUGAAGCAUUUUGUAUCCGGAUGCAGGGCAGACGCCUCCACCAAGGAUAAAUAUCUGCUGAAGCCAGUUCGUAGCGGCAAGGGAGCCGGGAUCUUAUUUGGAGACCAAGUCACACAGGAAGAGUGGAUGUCACUUCUCCAGGGCAUGCAAGACCCUCAUCUAAAACAUGGCAAGACAACCUACGUGGUUCAAAAGCAAAUCCAACAACUGACAUAUGAUGUUCUUCUUGAUGAGGAGGCUGGUGUUGGGAAUUUUCCUCUCAUUGGCACCUUCCACAUCACACAUGGCACAUUCCUGGGCCUUGGACUCUGGAGAAGCGGCCCAGGUCGAAUUUGUGCUUUAAGUCGUGGAGGAGCUUGGAUGUGCUCCGUGAUUCAACAAUGA